AUGACUUCCAACGCCGCGAAUGCCGCCCGCCGCGAUGAGCAUCAGCUGCGCUUUAUCCUGCAACUCCACGACUCGCAGCAGUAUCGCAAUGCGCUCAAGGAAUGCGACAAGAUCCUGAAGAAGCAGCCGACCAGCGGUGGUGUCCUCGCGCUCAAGGCCCUGACGCUGAACUUCCUCAAGCGCAAGGAGGAGGCCUAUGAGCUUGCCCGUCAGGCGGUGCAGAACAACCUGACCAACUUCCUGUGCUGGCAUGUCAUUGGUCUGAUCUAUCGCUCGGACCGUAACUACACCGAGGCCAUCAAGUGCUAUCGCAAUGCGCUUCGCAUCGACCCUCAACCUCCUCCUGCAGGAGCGCAAGUUCACCGAGUGCCUGCCGACCUUCUGGCCAACCUGAACCGCACGGCCGAGGCCGAGGCCAUCCUGCUGGCCGAGUUUGACCGGAACCCGGAGAACGCCGACCUGGUGCGGGCGCUGCUGCGCGUGCGCGGCGGUGCCGACGCCGAGGCCGGCCUCUACGCGGAGCUGGCCCAGCGCCGCCCCCGGUCGCAACUGGUCCGCCAUCUCCAGCUGACGAGCAGCACCGGGGCGGAUUUCGCCCGGCAGCUGGCCACCGGGGUGGUGGCUGGCAUCCGGCGCUGCGUGCCGUCGACCUUCAACUCGCUGAAGGCUCGGCUGUAUGUGGAUGCCGAGUCGCGCACCAUCACCGAGACCCUGGUGACGGAUCUGCUCCGGUCUUCGGAGGCCGGCGGGCGUCUGCAGUCGUCGCUGCUGCCGGCCGGCGAGGAGAAGGCCGACUUCUCCGAGCCUGCCUCCUCGCGCCUGUGGGUGCUCUAUUUUGCGGCCAACCACUAUGCCGCUGUGCUGGACCUGGAGCGGGCUCUGGAGCUGGUGGAUCUGGCCAUCGCCCAUACCCCGACCCUGCCCGAUCUGUACAUCCUCAAGGGGAAGCUGCUGAAGUCGUGCGGCGACCUGAAGGGCGCCAUGGCCGCCUCGACCUACGCCUUCGACCUGGACAAGCAGGACCGCUACCUGAACACGGAGGCCUGCAAGAUCUCCCUCGAGGCGGGGGAUCUCGCGCAUGCCGAGAAGCUGAUCGAGAACUUCACCCGCGCCGACCCGGACGGCGCCAGUGUCCUCAAGUCCCUGGACCAGCUGCAAUUCUCCUGGUUCUCCACCCUGGCCGGCAAGGCGCUGCUGAAGGACCGCCAGGCGUACAAGGCCCUGGCGCGCUUCCGCCAGGUUCACCGGAUCUACCUGGAGUUCUGGGAUGACCAGCUGGACUUCCACACCUAUUGCCUGCGCAAGAUGACCCUCCGUGCCUAUGCCAGCCUCAUUUCCUAUGAGAACCGCAUCCGCAAGGAUGUGGCCUUCUUCGAUGCCGCGCUCGGCGCCAUUGAGGCGUACAUCUUUGUGCAUGACCACCCGGCCGAGGCGGGCCGCGAGCUGGCCACAGUCCUGAAGGCGCAGGAGAAGGUCGCGGUCAAGCAGCGUGCCGCGGCCGCGGCCGCCGGCAAGACGUACACCGUCCCGGCCACCGAUGUCGAGGCCGUUGAGGAUCUCCUCCAGGAGGCCAUCGACAACUUUGUCCGGCCGCUGGUCCAGGACUACCCGGGGGACAUUCGCGUGCAGGUUGGCGCGGCGGCGAUCUACGCACGCAAGGGCCUGCUUGAUCUGGCCCAGCGUGCCCUGCUGGCUGGCCUGGCCAUUGACGCCUCGCACCCGGACCUGCUGGUGGCUCUGGUGUACUUCCUGACCAAGGCUGUUCCGGCAUCGAGCGGUUUCGCCCCCGACGCUGGUCUGCCUACUUCGGCGGAGGCUCUCAUCGCCGCGGCCCCGCGUAGCAGCAUCCCCCACCUGAGUGGUGUCCUCCGGGCCACGGCUCUCAUGCAUGGGCCGACUGCCGCCGAGACCCAGGCCGCCGGGAUGGCUUUCGCCACGGCGACCGGUGCUCUGACCGCGGACCAGAUCAGCGUGGUCGAGGACCUCCCGGUGGCGGAGGCCGCUCUGGCCUGGCUGAAGGCCCAUGGCCAGGAGGCCGCGGCCAGCGCCUUCUCCGAGGCGUGCCAGAAGAUUUGGCCGCGUGCCACCGCCUUCGGCAGUGCCGCCUUCUCGAUAGAUGAGCUGCGCCAGUCUCUGGCUCUGGCGUCGGGCUGCGAGAAGGAGGGCUUCUCGCCGCUCGCCUGA